CUCGAGUUCCGGAGUCGAGUCGCUGGCUGCCUGGGCCGGAGCGGAGAUGCAGCCGCCGCCCCGAAAAGUGAAGGCGGCACAGGAGGUGAAGCUUCGCUUCCUGGAACAGCUGAGCAUCCUUCAGACCCGGCAGCAGAGGGAGGCGGAUCUGCUGGAGGACAUCAGAUCCUACAGCAAGCAGAGGGCAGCCAUUGAACGGGAGUAUGGGCAGGCACUCCAGAAACUGGCUGGGCCAUUUCUGAAGAGAGAAGGGCACCGGAGUGGGGAGAUGGACAGCAGGGGCAGGACGGUGUUUGGUGCCUGGCGCUGCCUGCUGGAUGCCACUGUGGCUGGGGGCCAAACCCGGCUCCAGGCGUCCGACCGUUACCGUGACCUAGCAGGGGGCGCAGGGCGGAAUACCAAGGAGCAGGUGCUUAGGAAGGGAACAGAGAACCUCCAGAGGGCGCAGGCGGAGGUGCUGCAGUCUGUCCGGGAGCUGAGCCGAAGUCGGAAGCUGUACGGGCAGCGGGAACGUGUGUGGGCCUUGGCACAGGAGAAGGCAGCUGAUGUCCAGGCCAGGCUGAACCGAAGUGACCAUGGGAUCUUCCACUCGCGGACCAGUCUCCAGAAACUAAGCGCCAAGCUGUCUGUCCAGUCGGCCCAGUACUCCCAGCAGCUCAGAGCGGCUCGCAAUGAGUACCUGCUCAACUUGGUGGCCACCAACGCCCACCUUGACCAUUACUACCAGGAGGAACUGCCAGCCCUGCUCAAGGCCCUGGUCAGCGAGCUGUCAGAGCACUUGAGGGACCCCUUGACCUCACUGAGCCACACUGAGCUGGAAGCCGCAGAGCUGGUCCUGGAGCAUGCCCACCGUGGGGAGCAGACAACCUCCCAGGUAGGCUGGGAGCAGGAUCUGAAGCGGUUUCUUCAGGAGCCUGGAGUGUUUUCCCCCACCCCACCUCAGCAGUUUCAGCCAGCAGGGGCUGAUCAGGUGUAUGCCCUGGAGUGGGGAGCAGAAGGUGUGGAAGGGGAGAGUGGCCUGGAGAAAGAGGUUCAGCGCUGGACGAACCGAGCUGCCCGUGACUACAAGAUCCAGAACCAUGGGCGUCGGGUGCUGCAGCGAUUGGAACAGAAGCGACAGCAGGCUUCAGAGCGGGAGGCUCCAGGCGUAGAACAGCGGCUACAGGAAGUGAGGGAGAGCAUCCGCCGGGCACAGGUGAGCCAAGUGAAGGGGGCUGCCCGGCUGGCCCUGUUGCAGGGGGCUGGGCUGGAUGUGCAGCACUGGCUGAAGCCAGCCAUGACUCAAGCCCAGGAUGAGGUGGAGCAGGAGCGACGGCUCAGCGAGGCUCGGCUGUCUCAGAAGGACCUCUCUCCCACCGCUGAGGAUGCUGAGCUUUCUGACUUUGAGGAAUGUGAGGAGGCAGGGGAGCUCUUUGAGGAGCCUGCCCCCAUAUCCCUGGUCACCAGGCCUCUCCCCUGCCCUGCACAUGUGGUGUUUGGCUAUCAGGCAGGGCGAGAGGAUGAGCUGACCAUCAUGGAGGGUGAGUGGCUGGAGGUCAUAGAGGAGGGAGAUGCUGACGAGUGGGUCAAGGCUCGGAACCAGCAUGGCGAUGUAGGCUUUGUCCCAGAACGGUAUCUCAACUUCCCAGACCUCUCCUUCCCUGAGAGCAGACACAACAGUGACAAUCCCUUGGGGGCAGAGCCCACAGCAUUCCUGGCACGUGCCCUGUACAGCUAUGCCGCACAGAGUGCAGAAGAGCUGAGCUUCCCUGAGGGGGCGCUCAUCCGUUUGCUCCCCCGGGCCCAAGAUGGAGUAGAUGAUGGCUUCUGGAGAGGAGAAUUUGGGGGCUGUGUUGGUGUCUUCCCUUCCCUGCUGGUAGAGGAACUGCUUGGCCCCCCAGGGGCACCUGAACUCUCUGACCCUGAACAGACGCUGCCAUCCCCUUCUCCUCCCAGCUUCUCCCCACCUGCACCUACCUCUGUGCUGGAUGGACCUGUCCUGUCUGAGGACAAAGCCCUGGACUUCCCUGGACUCCAGGACAUGAUGGCGCCUCGACUAAGGCCGAUGCGCCCACCACCUCCCCCGCCGGCUAAAGCCUUGGACCCUGACCACCUAGAUCCCCUCACCUGAAGAUCGGGGGGAUCACUGUCCCCCAGUGAUGCUGCUGUCCCUAUCUCCAUGUUGUCAGAGACCACACUGUUGAUGAUCCAGAGCAACACAGCCAAAAGCUGGAAUCUUCCUUAUUUUCGCUCUCACUUCCAGGGGUAGAAACUUCCCCUCUCCCCAUUUCUGGGCUGGAACCCAUUCCUUUUUCCCCGUUGUCUUCCUACCAUCUUUAAGGAUGGACCUACCCAUUUCUCUUCUGCCACCUCCCUUUCUCUAGGGUAGUGAAAUACCCUGAAAUCUCAGGCUGGAACCCAUCCCCAAAGACUUGAGUGGCUCCGGUCCAUCUGUGUCUCCCCCCUGGCUCUGUGACCCAUCCCUCUGUAGAUGCUAGGGUCACUGGGGUUGGGGCCAGGAAACAAGCAGGCCUUGAGAGUCAGAAGGAGCUGGAGCCAGUAUGCGAAGCAGCUGUAAUGGUCUGAGCGGAUUUAUUGACAGUGAAUAAAGGGCACGAAGGCCAAGCCAGGCCUGGGCCUCUUGUGCCAAGAGGGAAGGGGGCCUAAGGUGCUAUUGCUUUAGUGGCCCACCAAGGGCAGGGGCCUGCUUCCAGCUGCCACUCUCUAGCACAUGGAGCGAGGGGCUGGGGAAGGCAGGUCAGGCAGCCUGUUGGAAGGCAGGGGAAGGGGAAGAUAACUGAGGGUCCAGGGAUGGGGGCACCUCUCCCGAGGUCCCCCAGCCUGAGACCAUGCAACUCCAGGUAGAAGUAGAGCUGGUCACUCAGCUGGGGGCAGUGCUGUACAGUGGAGAGGUAGGCCUUCAUGCCCACCUGUCCCCUGGCCCUGCCAGCUGGUAGUCCAUCAGCCAGUGAAGAAUGCUUGGAGGAGAGGAAGAAUAAAAGUAUUGCUUCAUGUGCAAGCUCUAUCCCAGCUUCUCCCCAGGGGCUGCAGGAUGUUCCCUGUCCCCACCACGAAACCAAGGUAUUUAUUGCAAAGGCUAAGCCUACAGUUCACUUUGGAGGGUCAGAGAGCUGAGAGGUUUCAGUAGUUUACAUGGGAGAUGGGAGGACGAGAUUACCUGACUUGGGGCUCAGGUAGACUCACCUCACACACCCCCUGUUCCCCGUGGUGGAGACACCUGAGAGAAAGGGGAGGGGAUCAAUAGUGGGAGAUGGAGAUGGGUCAUAUCGGUGCCCUCUAGAAUAGGGGGCACUGAAUGCUGAGUAUACCAUAGCCCAUUGUAGCCCCGGCCAUAUCUUCAUACCUGGUGAUCUGAGGUGUCCUGUUUGCUUGGCUGUCCAUUUGCCUCUGGAGUAGGCCUCCCAGGGCUUGGGCCCCUCCCUCCGGCCCUCAGUGUCGGCUCUGCAGAGGCUCCAGGGUUCCCCUCAAGUGUACAAGGAAUUAAGCUGCCAUCCCUGAGUCCUCCAUUCUGCACUGGAGGGCUGGCCAGGGCCUGGGGCUGUGGCCCUUCAUGGGGCAGCCUCUCCAAGGCAGGCAUCUCUGCCCUGGGCUGCCCUCCCCCAGACCCCUGCCCACCCCUUGGGUCCUGUCCCCCACCAGAGACCCUGCUUCUGUCUGUGGGAGAGCCAUCACGAUGUUCAUGCAGGCCAUAGCGCUUCUCAAUGUGUGUCACCCGGAACCUGGGAUGGGAGGGAACACUGGGGCUUAGGAUCACAAAUCAGGGACUGCUCGGCUUUCCCUUCUGACCAGGGACAUCCUGGAUUUGAUGGCUAUUUCCCUCUGGCCUAAGGCAGGGGAGGCCUUCUCAGAUUGUGGGGUACAUUGUGCAGCCUGAUUCCUGCUGGAGCUCUCAGACCAGAAAGAAAGAACUGGGGCCCACCUCUGGGGUCUGGUGCCUGAUCAUUGGGGCCCCCACCUCAACCUCCCUUUCCUUGGAGUACCCUGUCCUUCACCUGCCCACAGAGAACACAGUGGUCUCCCCAGUCCGGGGGCGGCUUUUUCCUUCCUUGGAGCGUCCCUGACGGACUAGUGGGGGUCUCUUGCUGCGGCUGCAAUGGAUGCAAGAUGCUGCAGAGCCUAGGUGCACUGUGUGAUGAUGGGAAGGGGCUCCGUCCUGCAGGCUGGAGGUGGCGUCCACGCUGAACAGCAGGGAGGAUGGGAAUAAGUGUAGCAUUUCCAUUUCCCUUCCUAUUCUGUUUCUUCCUAUUGUUUCAGCAUGCUCCUUAAACUCCCAGAAGCCUUACUUUCCUCAGGCCUCAACACCCUUUUCUUAUCUAAUAAACUCAAUACUAAGAUGUUAGUGAC